GAUGAGGAUAAAGCGGCGACCCGAGCACCUUCAUCACAGCGGCGCCCUGUGCUCACUUCCGCCUGGGAAACUACGGCUAAAAACAUGAGCAUGAGGAGCACGGAGCGCCUCUCACAGCAUGGUCAGUGAUGGGAGCAUGAUCCACAGGCAGGUUUUAUUUCCUCAGGAUUUGAUGUGCUUUCAGUUGGCGUGUCAUUAUGCUGCUGCACCUGUGUGGUGUUAAGAACCUGUACCAGAGCAGGUUCCUGACUGCUAUGUCCUCGCCACCCCGGAGCUCCCAAAGCCAUCGUCGGUGUAAAAGCAGGGCGCGCUACAGCUUCACGGCUGAGCAAUGCCCUCCCAUCGAUCCCAGCAACUCCUUAACCCUGCCACGAUCCUCUAGUGACCCAGACCUGGUGUCGACCCACAGCCGCUCCACGCUCACAGUCAGCUCCUCAAUUUACAGCAUCGGCCAGCCGCAGGGCAUCCUCCUCUGCUGGGACAUCAAGGAGGAAGUGGAUGCCGGAGACUGGAUCGGCAUGUACCUGAUCGAUGAGGUUCUCGCAGAGAACUUUUUGGACUACAAGAACCGUGGGGUAAAUGGAUCUCAUAAAGGGCAGAUUGUUUGGAAGAUUGAUGCCAGCUCAUACUUUAUGGAGUUCGAAACCAAGAUCUGCUUCAAGUAUUACCAUGGAGUGAGCGGAGCACUGAGAGCCACCACCCUCUGUGUGACUGUGAGAAACCCUUUUGCUAUUGUCUUGAAGCCUGUAAUGACUCAGGAUGUCACUCAGAGUCUGGGCAACAGGAGGCUCAUCAGCUUUUCCCUGUCAGACAUCCAGGCAGUGGGUUUGAAGAAGGGGAUGUUCUUCAAUCCUGAUCCAUAUUUGAAGAUUGCAAUCCACCCUGGAAAGCACAGCAUCUUCCCUGCUCUCCCCCAUCAUGGUCAAGAGAAGAGAUCUGGUAUCAUCUGUAACACCAUUAACCCUGUCUGGAAGAGAGAGAAAUUUAACUUUGUCUCUCUGCCCACGGAUGUUUUGGACAUUGAAGUGAAGGACAAAUUUGCCAAAAGCAGGCCCAUCAUCAAGCGUUUUUUGGGCAAGUUGUCUGUGCCUGUGCAACGGCUACUGGAGAAGCAUGCUAUUGGAGACCGUGUGAUUAGCUAUGCUUUAGGCCGCAGACUGCCAACAGAUCAUGUCAGUGGACAGCUUCAGUUUCGCUUUGAGAUAACAUCUUCAAUUCAGCCAGAUGAUGAGGAGGUAUCUGUGAAUGCAGAUGGUGCUGUGACUCCUGAUCAUCAGGAAGUGGAGGAGCUGAAUGUUGACCAACAAACACCCACUGAUUUAGAUGACAAAAAUGAAGAUAUAAAUGAGCUUAAUGAAAAUAUUUUUCUGAAUGUGGAGGAACAGAAUCCUUUGCCCUUACCUUCUUCUGCUAAACCGAGUUCCCCUGAUCAUAUUGUGUCUAGCACAGAGGAAUCAGGGGAGGAUGUAGAUCUAGAGGAGGCACCAAAGGAGGAAGAGAACAGACCGUUGGAGGAUUUGUCAUACACAGUUCAGCUCACUGAACAUCAGGAGCUGAGCCCUGAGGAACUAGUUGAGGAGCUGGGAGAGGUGCAUCAUGAUGGUGAUGCAGAUGUUACAGACAAUAUUGUGGAAGAUCAUGGGAAUGAAGCUGCAGGUCAAAUAGUCAUAAGAGAUGAAGAGGUGGAGGAAGAAGUUAUUCAGAUAAAGCCAGAGGGGGAAGAAAUCACUGAACUAGAAGGAGCUACAGGCUCAGAGCAACCAGAAGUAAGAGUGGAGGAAGAGAGUGAGAGUGCAGUACCAUGUUCACCAAGGACAACAUGUAUGAUGAAGCGAAGUGCCAUGAAACGCCGGCCCUGUUCACUGCCUGUCUCUGAACUUGAGACAGUCAUUGCCUCAUCGUGCACCGAACCUGAAACACCACGAUCGCACUACAUUCGUAUACAUCACCUCCUGCACAGCCUUCCCUCUGCCCAGCAGGGCUCUCACAGCCAAGAUGAUGCGGAGACAUUUGAUCCGGACUCUCCUGAGGAUGUUAGCCUAAAACUUGAGAACGAAAAAGAGGUGACUGAGGAAAAUGAGGAAGGAUCCAGUGAGACUCGGUCUCCGUCAGUAGUCCCAGAAUGUCUUAGACCCUGCUGUCGGAGGAUUCUGCCUCCAAGCCUCUCCAUCGAACGGCUCUCUGAGCUCAACCAGCUCUUGGAUGGUGAGACCCGCUCACGUCUCGAGAGUGAAGAUGCGGAAACUGAAAGCGGUGGAGGAGGCCACCGGGUUCACAGGGAGAGCGAGUGUGAACUGUGUGACACCUCAUGCUACAGCACCUCAUGCUACAGCACAUCAUGUUACAGCACGUCCUGUUACAGCAACUCAGGUCACGAGGGACGAAACCGCUUCUGCAGCCACACGCGGCUAUCAUCUGUGGACAGCACCCGUCUGUCAGAGAGCACCGUAUUUUCCUCGCAGGAGGAAGAGGAGGAGAACAGUGCCUUUGAGUCGGUAACAGACUCAGGACAGAGCCCAGAUUCAAGGGAGUUGGGAGAUGCUUCCACCCAGUGGAUGGAGGAGCAAAACGAUGGAGGUCAGGCUCAGUCUCCAGUAGCUGGUCCCAGUGUUGGGUCAUCAGGAGCUAGUCACCAACCAUUCAGUCAACUUCCUGCUAUGCGGCCCACCUCCCACCAUUACCCCAGUGUUGAUGACUCAUUGCCUCCAAACUGGGAGGCCAGGAUAGACAGUCAUGGCCGUGUUUUCUACGUCGACCAUGUGAAUCGCACCACCACAUGGCAAAGACCCAGCCAGGCGCCAAAAUGUCCCAGCAUGCGCCGAUCCAACUCCAUCCAGCACAUGGAGCAACUCAACAGGAGGUAUCAGAACAUCCAAAGGACCAUGGCUACCGAUGAUGAUGUCGGUAGCCAAAGGCUUGAGAGCACCAGCAGCACGGAGACUGAGAGCGACGGCCCGUCUCAGCCUGCUGAUUUAAGAAGAGAAGGCUCAUCCUCCCCAGUAAGCAAUCAGAAGAUAACUCUGCUACUGCAAAGUCCAGCAGUCAAGUUUGUGACUCACCCAGAAUUUUUCACCGUCCUCCACGCCAAUUAUGCGGCGUACCGGAUGUUCACCAACAGCAACUGCCUAAAGCACAUGGUUCUGAAAAUCCGACGAGACGCUCGCAACUUUGAACGCUACCAACAUAACCGCGACCUUGUCACUUUCUUUAACAAGUUUGCAGACACACAGCUGGAGUUGCCAAGAGGCUGGGAGAUCAAAGUAGAUCCACAGGGCAAGUCAUUUUUUGUGGACCACAACAGCCGAGCCACCACCUUCAUCGAUCCUAGAAUGCCCCUUCAGAACGGAUGCUUGCCUAAUCACCUCACACAUAGGCAACACCUACAGAGGCUACGCAGUUACAGUGCUGGAGAGGCGUCUGACGUCUCUCGCAGUCGAGGUGCGUCACUCUCGGCCAGGCCUGGCAACAGCCUUGUAGCUGCCAUCAGGAGUCAGCACCAGAAUGACCCAGUACCCUUAGCAUAUAAUGAAAAGAUCGUGGCUUUUCUACGUCAGCCGAACAUUCUGGAGUUGCUGCAGGAGAGGCAGCCAAGUUUGGCACGCAAUCACACACUCAGGGAGAAGAUUCAUUACAUCAGGACCGAUGGGUCACAGGGGGUGGAGAAGCUGUCUUGUGAUGCAGACCUGGUUAUGUUGUUAAGUUUGUUCGAAGAGGAGAUAAUGUCAUACAUCCCAGCUCACCCAUUCCACCCUGGCCUCAGCUUUUCUCCAAGAUGCUCUCCUGGAUCCUCCCCUCAGAAUUCACCAGGACUGCAGAGAGCCAGAGCACCUGCUCCAUAUCGCAGGGACUUUGAAGCCAAACUUCGCAAUUUUUACAGGAAGCUUGAAGCCAAGGGCUAUGGCCAAGGGCCAGGAAAAAUCAAGCUGCUCAUCAGAAGAGAGCACCUGCUCGAGGGCACGUUCAACCAUGUGAUGGCACAUUCACGCAAGGAGCUCCAGAGGAAUAAACUCUACAUCAUGUUUGUAGGAGAGGAAGGUCUGGACUACAGCGGGCCCUCGAGGGAGUUCUUCUUCUUGCUGUCUCAGGAGCUGUUUAACCCAUACUACGGCCUGUUCGAGUACUCGGCCAACGAUACGUACACCGUCCAGAUUAGUCCCAUGUCUGCCUUUGUAGAGAACCAUCUAGAAUGGUUCCGCUUCAGUGGACGUAUUUUGGGCUUGGCACUGAUUCAUCAGUACCUACUGGAUGCAUUCUUCACCCGGCCGUUCUACAAGGCUCUCCUUCGACUAGCAACCGAUUUGAGUGAUUUAGAGUACCUGGAUGAGGAGUUUCACCAGAGCCUGCAGUGGAUGAAGGAUAAUGAUAUUACAGACAUCCUGGACCUGACCUUCACUGUGAAUGAGGAGGUCUUUGGACAGGUAACAGAACGGGAGCUGAAGUCGGGUGGAACCAACAUUCAGGUUACUGAGAAGAACAAGAAGGAGUACAUUGAGAGAAUGGCCAAGUGGAGGGUGGAGAGAGGGGUGGUGCAGCAGACAGAAGCGCUAGUUCGGGGUUUCUAUGAGGUGGUAGAUUCACGACUGGUGUCAGUUUUCGAUGCUCGGGAGCUGGAGCUGGUCAUUGCAGGAACAGCAGAAAUUGAUCUGAGUGACUGGAGGUCCAACACAGAAUAUAGAGGAGGCUACCAUGAUGGACACAUCGUGAUUCGGUGGUUCUGGGCGGUGGUGGAGCACUUUAAUAACGAGCAGAGGUUACGCUUGCUGCAGUUUGUGACUGGAACGUCCAGCGUGCCGUACGAGGGCUUCGCAGCUCUGCGUGGGAGCAACGGCCCACGCCGCUUCUGCAUUGAGAAAUGGGGCAAGAUCACCUCUCUACCCAGGGCUCACACAUGCUUUAACCGUCUGGAUUUGCCUCCUUAUCCUUCAUACACCAUGCUGUAUGAGAAACUACUGAUCGCUGUUGAGGAGACGAGCACUUUCGGUCUGGAGUGAAAGAUUCAUUAAAUAAUGGAAAGACUAUAUUUUGUAAACAUGCCGUGUUGGAGUUUCACUGACCGUAUCCUCGAGAGACUGCUAUUUUAUAAAUAAAUCUGUCUGAGCGUUCGUUUGAGAUUUUUAUUUUGUUUGUGUUUAACUGAACGUGCAUGAAAUACAUAAUGGAAAUAUCGUACAUAUUGUAUUAUUAUAAGGUUGAAGGAGGAAUAUACAGAAAUAGUGUGAAGUGAAAACCUGCAUCCAGCCUACAAUGUAGUCUAUCUGACUGAAUGUUUAUGCUACUAAGGAGGCGUUUUUGACAUUGUCUUGUUGAUAUGCUAUUAUUGUGCAUGGAGGAUAAAGCCCACAUGAUGUACAGUUCACUGAUGGCUUACAUACAGUAAUGGAAGCGUGACAUUCAUUAACAUCCUUGACUUAAAAGCGAAAAUUUAAAUACUUUUAACUGUUCCCCUUUUUAUUUAAACAUAUUUAAAGUUCCGAAUGACCAUUUCCAAUUUAUAUUAACAGAUACUAUUUGUAAAAGUUGCUGAGAUAAAAGGAAGAGGUGGACACACAAUCUCUUUGAUCCUGUUUAGUAAUAGCUGGAUGGAAUAUUAGCUAAGUUUGGAUAGCUAAAAAUCUUAUUUUUGACAUUCUUAUACUUAUUUUUGUUUCAUGACAAAGAAACUGUUAGUUUGAGCAGUGUGUUAGAUCAGAAGGUCCAAUAUUUAAAAUAGAAUUUCAGGGGAAAAUUAUUAUAAAGUAAAAAAAUACACUAUGCUCACAAUGUUUAAAUCUACAGUCUGGGUUGGAAAGAAAUCAGCUCCAGCGUCACUUCUUCAUCCCAUUCUGUGUACGUUUAUUAUCAGUAAUGAGGUUCAGCAAAAAUCUGAACUAAGCUGCUUUAAAUUUUAAUACACCAAAAAUGAAACCACAGCCAGACAACAGUUGAUAGUGUUCUGGUUACACAUGUUAAGCACUGUGAUGUUACUUUCACCUAUUUUGUAUCAUGUACCUCCGGGAGAUACAGAGAUAAGGAAAGCAGGUUGAUGAGGUAAGGGGUGUA